AAAAAAGAUAAAGAAUAGUAAAUAAAAUUUAGAAUAGUCAAUAGAUUAUUUCUUCCGUAAUAAUUAUUAUCAAGGUUUUGUUAAAAAAAAUAGGAAUUAGAAUCUUGGUAGUCGAAACCAUAUAUUUAAAUAGCGAUUUACAACAGUCUUUUUCAAAAUGAGCAUGCAACCGGAGGAUCACAGGAGAAAGUGGGAUAAAGAAGAAUUUGAGAGAAUCGCUGCUGAACGACUUCAAGCGGAACUCGAAGAAGAUGAAAACUCGAAAAAGAAAGCUCCGCCAGUGAAAAGAGAAUUAUUGAAGCAAAGAGAGUACAGAGUUGACUUAGACUCAAGACUAGGGAAAAGUGUUGUUAUAACAAAGAACACACCAACUUCACAGACUGGUGGCUAUUAUUGCAAUGUGUGCGAUUGUGUUGUUAAGGACUCCAUCAACUUUCUUGAUCACAUCAAUGGAAAAAAACAUCAAAGGAAUCUUGGGAUGUCUAUGAAGAUAGAGAGAAGUUCACUAGAUCAGGUCAAAGCACGUUUUGCAUUAAAUAAACGAAAAUUAGAAGAAAAGAAAAAAGAGUAUGAACUGGACACUAGACUGAAAGAGGCUGCUGAAGAAGAGGCCAGGCUAAAGGAGUUGAGAAGAGAAAGACGUCGGGACAAGAAGCGCAAGGUACAAGAAGAUGAUGAAGCUGAUAAUGUUCCGGUUCAGUCGGAAAUUGCACAGAUUAUGGGCUUCUCCGGGUUUGGUGCUUCAAAAUCCAAGGGAUGAAAAUUUUAUCUUGUAUAUAAUAAAAUUAUUAAUCUAAGUAUUACUUGUUUUGCAACAGUAAAUAGUCGCACAAUAAAUAAAAAAUAAAUAUUGCUACAAAUUCCUUUAA